AUGGCGAAUGCACCACCAUUGACCGAAGCCUUCUACCGAGAGUGGUUUGCGAAACAAACCGUGCUCCUGACUGGAGCAACGGGCGGCCUAGGCGGGUGUCUUCUGUUCAAACUCAUUCAUCAGGUACCUGUCCAGAAAGUCUUUCUCCUUCAUCGAAGCUCCGAGGAAGACACCAUCGCAAAGCUGCACAUGAACAUGCCCGGAUGUAUCAAUGAAGUCAUGAGCACAGGGCAACUGCAAUUUCUCAAGGGGGACAUCACCGCGACAAACCUAGACCUGGAUGCGAGGCAAUUAUCUGUACUUCGAAAGGAGACAACCGUUAUACUCAACACAGCGGCAAAUACUUCUUUCGUUGCAGAUGUCCACGAGUCUUGCAAGAACAAUUGUCUUUCAGCGCUAAAUCUGGCCCAGCUUGGAUCAAGCUUCCCACAGCUCGCCACAUUCGUCCAGGUGUCCAGUGCCUACGUCAACAGCUUUCUGUUCGAUGGAGAGAUCGCGGAAACUAUCCAGCCGUUUGGUGCAGACGACAUCGACUGCGAAAGAGAGCUGGACGAGAUCCUCUCCUCAAGAGGACACACCAACCGGACGAAGCAAUGGGCCUGGCCCUACGCACAAGCCAAGUACCUCAUGGAACGACUGUUAGUUCAGAGAUACGGAUCUCGGCUACCCUUGCUCAUCCUACGUCCCUCCGCCAUUGGGGCCAGCUCUUCGAGAUCCAUACCCUCUCUUCGUCGGGUCUGGAGAGCCGCGAGGGGCUCAACCAGCGGCAACUACAUUAUGGAUGGGAUUCCAGUAGAUCUUGUCUCAAAUGUCUGUCUGCUUCAUUUGGUGCAAGGAUCACAGGGGGUCAUUCACGCUGCUGCUCAGCUAUACGUGGUCCUGACAAUGGAUGAGCUGAUCGCGCUAGCCGCGCCUCACAUUCCGUUAGACCUCGCGAUGCCGGUGCCAUGCUUUAAGUGGGAACUGGAUGGGAGCAUGGAGUCCUGCCCUGUGGCUACAAUGUUCGGUUUCCAGGGCCACAACUGGGUUUUUGACUGCGGGCGAUCAAAGUCCUUGAAGGCUGUGGAUGGCCCACUGAGCUUGAGCCUUGAUGGGCAUGAUGCAAAGGCCUAUAUAGAGCGGCGGAUAAAGAGGAUCAUUCCGAGCACGCGCGAGAAGAAGAAAAGGGUUGCGGAUAGGCGUAGAGGUAAGUCGAAGUUAUGAGCCGAAUGAUAAUAUCGUAUGGAGUAAGUUCUUUGGAGCCUAAAAGUGUGACGAACUUCUGUAAAC